UUUCUUCGUGAAUCGGUGACGGUGAAGGUCCUCUCGUAUAUAAGGAACAGCCUGUACUGCAAUUGUCAGUGUGAUUCGUCUCUAUUCGAAGCAACUAUCUACUUACACCCACGAACCUGAUUAAAGAUGAUACGAAUAUUUUUGUUCGUCCUGGCCGUGGCCGCCGUGAAGGCCUCUCAUUUCUCCCUGGAAGGCCAUGGUUACGGCAGUGAACCGAAGCUCAUCUCGCAAUCGGUUCAUCUGAAAGAAAUACCGACGAAAAUCAUUAAGGUCACGAAGACGGCUGUUGUCAAGGUUCCAGUACCAUAUCCAGUCAAGGUGCCCCAUCACAUACCCGUCCCUGUGCCGGUGAACCAUCCGAUCGCGAUUCCGUACACGAAGCUAGUGAAAGUCCAGGAACACGUGCCGGUGGAGGUGUCCAAGCCAUACCCGGUCGAGAUUCAUCAGCAAGUACCUGUGGUGGUGCCGAAGGCGGUGCCGAUACCUCAGCCGGUACCCGUUCCUCAGCCUGUGACGUUGAACAAGCCUGUAUUUUACCCGGUACCACACCCGAUCCCUUAUCAGGCGCACAGCCAGUCGGAGGAAAGCGUCGGUGGCGUGGGUGGUUAUGAUUCCGGUGACCACGGUGGUCACGAAUCGGAAAGCUAUAGCACUUACACGGUGAACCAACAGGGACACGACCAAGGAGGAAAUUUCCAACCAUCUCAGCCUGAUUACUCCGACCAUCAUUAACGAACGAGGGGUUCAAGUUGUAUAUACUAUGUAUAUCAGCAAGUUGGUCUUGUUAAGUUUCUGUUUGUCAUUUGUUCUUUUUGUUAAUUCGUUUAGACUUUGAUAUACUUUUUAAUAAAUGUUUAUAUUUGUACGUGCCUUGUCCUCGUUAUCGCUCCUUCGCGUGUAACAGGUGAGAUUGAACAAUUAUCGAAAGUGGUAAUUAAACAAUGACACCGAGAAAAAGGUGUCGGGUACCACGUCCACCUUUCAUGCUCCAACGAAAUGGAAAGUGAGCUGUCC